GAAAAACUCCAUUUUGGAAACAGCUGUUCGGGACGCCACCUCGCUCAUUGUUUUCAGCGGCGCUGUCAAAGAAGCGGUCGGGCUCCGACAUGGUGCUGUUUCUCCGCAGGAGCUGCUCGUCGAAAACAUGCCACAGUAACGCAGAGAAAUGAUGGAAAGGACAGCUGAAAUAUAGCCAGAGAGAGCUUCAGCGACAGCGACGGUCGGAGUGCGGCGCUAACAAGUGGAGGAAAUUCAGGCGAACGAAGGUGGAAUGAUAAGACAGGUCAUGGGCAGAUGAUGGAUGUUGAGUCGUUAUACUCAGAUUUCAUUAACUGUGAUCGCACGGGCCGCAGGAAUGCAGUGCCAGACAUUAAGGGUGAAGGAACAGCGGGGGGCACCAGUGAACUGACCAAAGAUAUGGCUCAAAUGGACCUGAAGGCAGGAGAGGCGGAUGCUGCUGGGGCUCCGGCCCCUGAGGCGGAGGCAUCAGGGAGCCAGGAGCCAGAGCAGAGCAAAGAGGGAGCCUCUUAAGAGGGAGCAGAGAAAGAUAAAAGUCAGGAUAAAAGAGGAGUGCACUGCCUUCUCCAACACCACCUGCUCUUUCGUCACUAGUUCUUCUCAGACUGCCUCCCAGGCAGCAGUCAGCAACAGCUCUCACAGACUCGGAUCCUCCUUGGAGACACCACUAGACAGAAUGGAUUUGUCAAGCACUACCAGUCUCCUCUUUGCAGCCCUGACAAGUCUGCUGGAGCUGUAUUUCUACCAUUCCUGAGAGGAAGCAGACUUUUUGAUACCUUUUCAUCCUAAACUCUACAACUGUUCACGCUGAACAGGAUUUUUGGGAAAUAUGAGACCGUGGGUUCAGAACUACUACAAAGUACCAAAUACACUCAUUCAUGACACAACACAUGCUGAGGACUGAGGUGUUUUUUUUUUUUUUUUUUUUUUUUACAGUAACAGGUAUAGCUAUACCAGAAUGGAUUGUAGGAAAAUCUAUUUAUUUCCUAAUAUUCCCUGAGGUCAAUAGAAUUGUGUUUCUGUACUACAUUAUAUUCUUUAAAGUGUAUGUUACAUAGUCAACAAUAUUUAUAUAGUAUGAGUUACAGCUUUCUGCUCACGAAACACACUGCAUUUGUUUUCUCUUUAUAUUGUAAGUUCCUCAGAAUAAACGGGAAUGAUAUUAAUACAGUUCUUAAUGUGUUGCAUAUAAUGAGUUUACAGUGCAGGAAUAUUUGUUGCUGUCAUAACAAAAAAAAUUCUUAACUUUAAUGAAAGUUACACAGAAUUCACACCAGACACAACUUGUCAGCGUUACUUAAGAGCGUAUGUGAAGCACGAGCUACCAUGCAUUCAGACCAUGCUGCCUCCAGCUCAGCUCAGUCAUGUAAACACUUAAGGUGGGAGUAGUAGCUUUUUUAAAGAUAAAAUUACACGUUUUGACCACUGUUUUUCAGAUUAAGUAGCAUCCGCAUAUGGUUAGUACAGCACAGGAGCUGCUCAGCAACUGCGACUACUAGGCCAACAUCACGUUUUAGUAAAUUAUCAUUUUAGAAUGUACUUUGGAAUAUUUGACUAGCUUUCUAUGAAGUUUAUACUAGGCCUGUUACAAUCAUGAAAUUUUAGUUGAUGAUUAAUUGUUGUAAACAUCAAAUAAACAUUACUCACUGCUGCCCUCUA